GAUUCAAGAUCAACAUUGCAAGUUGCCAGUCCAUUGCUGUCAACAGCUGCUCAGACCAGCGGUUUGCCUCGUCUCAUGAAGCAAGUGGGGAGUGGCCCACGGCCGAGAAUCGCUGCUCACCUGACAGCUUCAGCAAGGAAUGAAAAAGAAAACAUAAUUUGGCAGAAUUUGAGUGACUCCACUUUCACUGAGGGGGUGGAGUUCAGGGACAACAGUCUCAUCAUCAAGAGGCCCGGACAGUACUUUGUCUAUACUCAGGUGGUCUUCCACAGCAUGGGCUGUGAGCAACAGGCCAACUACCUCAGCCAUGAGCUCGCCAAGCAGUCGCCAAGUUAUCCUGACGAAGCCAUUCUGCUGAAAGCCACCAAAUCUGCCUGCCACUCUCGCCAACGCAGGGAGCCCUGGUACAAAACCUCCUACCAGGGAGCCAUCUUUGAGUUUCUAGAGGGAGAUCAGAUCUUCUCCAGGGUUAAUGAGGAUGCAACGGGAUAUGUAGACACAACCGAAGGAAAGAGUUUCUUUGGAAUAUUUGCUGUGUAACAAUCCCAUGUCAUUUCCAUUGGUUAUCAAUGACUGAUCAAGAAUUUCAAAUUGAAAUUCAGUGCAAACUGACAAAGACACAUUGUCUUCUUUAAGACAGUUAUAUAGAAAUUGCCUUCCGAAACUACUGAUUCUUAUUGAUGUGAAUGCAAAGCGUUACAGGUUCUUUAAUUUAUUUCUUAUUUAAGUUGUGUUUUCUGUUGCUCAUUUUAUUGAAAUUGGUACUCCUAAUAGAGAGUUAUUUGGCUAUCACAGGAGGAAGGAACCAGGAUCCCGGGUCUGAUAUUUAGACUGGUUAUUCCCUGAGACCAGGUACUGGUCCUUGAAGAAUAUGGAGUAUUCCUCAUGAACAAUUUGUAUUCCAAUGAAUCACUGAUAUCUUUGUGAAAACAAAGUAAGAUGAUUUAUUUAGCUGCAGGGUGAUGAAGGCCAAAGCAAGACCCAGCAAUGCAUUGGCUUUCUGUCUCCACAAUGUGAUUUGUCAAGUCUUCGUAGGACUUUACCUGUCGAGUAUCUGUAUGGUCAACACUGUAAUUAAAAUGGUGAAACAAUAUUCAGCAAACACUAAGAAUUUGGCUCAAUAAAUGUUGAUUAUUCACAAUUUGAAGUGACAGAUUGGUUUACUUCUGCUUAGUUGCAGUUGAUGUCGGAGUGGCCUAUUUGCUGCUCUGAUCUAAGGGUAAUUGUUGAGAUUGUUCCUGAAUGGAAAUGCCACUUUCCCUCAGUGUGUGUAGUCUCCAUUGGUCAUCCUUCAGUCUGGGUAAUACACAGUGAUCCUAGUGAUAAACCUGAUUGGUUCUGCAUGCCGAAAGAUUUUUCAUCUCGAAUGUUGGACAGCUGAAAUUUAAUUGCAGUUCAUCGACCAAACUCAAUGUUUCAUGUAAAACUGUAACAUCUGUUAUAUAGGUGUCUUUCAGUGGCAAUAAUAUUGUCAAGUAUAAGAGGUUUCAGAUUGAUAUAAAUUAUUAUUUAAUUGUAUUUAUCAA